AUGGAGGAGAGGGCGAGGCAGCUGCUCCUCCUCGCCGCCGUCGCGGGCGUCGGCGCCGCAUUCGGCGCGCUCUCCACCGCGGCCGUCUUCAGCUUCCUCUCCAGGGCGAAGCGGAGAGAGGGCUACGUGCGCAAGCUGCUGGAAUCCAAUGGCGGUGCUGGUGGUCCGCACGCUGAGCGUUUGUUGGGAGCAGGCAGUACUGGACCGGGAGCACGUCUGCAUGAUAGCUCGGAUCUUCUCUCUGAUGAAGUUGUUGCUGAGCAGCUUACAAGGAAUAUACAAUUUUUUGGAGUCGAAUCUCAGAAGAAAGUUACUGAAUCUUUUGUUGUAGUCAUUGGUCUUGGAGGAGUUGGCAGUCAUGCUGCUUCCAUGCUCCUCAGAUCUGGAGUUGGCAGGUUGCUCCUAGUAGAUUUUGAUCAGGUCUCACUGUCAUCACUAAAUCGGCAUGCUGUGGCAACCAGAGAGGAUGUGGGGACCCCAAAAGCAUAUUGCCUCAAGAAGCAUUUCUCAUUGAUAUAUCCAGAGUGCCAAAUAGAAGCAAGAGUGCAGUUGUAUGAUUCGUCAGCUGAGGACGAAAUUCUUUCUGGACAGCCAGAUUUUGUUCUUGAUUGCAUAGAUAACAUUGAUACUAAGGUGUCUCUCCUUGCGGCUUGCGUACGCAGAGGGUUAAGGGUACUUUCUGCAAUGGGAGCUGGAGCUCGAGCAGACCCGACCCGAAUCCGUGUUGCGGAUUUGAGAGAAUCAAGCAAUGAUCCCCUUUCUCGGGCGGUACGGUAUCGGCUGAAGAAGGAUCAUGGAAUUGAAGGGGGAAUACCAGUAGUUUUUUCAAUGGAAAAGCCCAAGGCAAAGCUACUUCCCUUUCAAGGUUCGAAAGAAGAGGAAACUCCAUCUGAUUACCAGAUUGUGCCAGGAUUCAGGGUUCGCAUUAUCCCAGUACUGGGAACUAUCCCUGCAAUAUUUGGUCAAGUUAUGGCCUCCUAUGUGGUUACUCAACUUGCCCAGUUAGAUUUUCAAACUGAACCAAUUGUUAACCUGGAUUUGGAUCAUUACCGCGUUCUUCACCAUCGUCUUCUUGAGCAUGAGGAGCUGAUAUAUGGGUCAGCCGAGCAAGUUUUGUCCUAUGCAGCAGUAGAAUCCGAGUCAAAUCUAAGUCAAAAGGUGUUGCAUGAACUCCACUUGGGCCCAUGGGCCUUGUACGACCUACGGGAGGUUGAUCUACUUGUAUGGACUAAGGGGUGCUGGCCAAAGGCAAAGGGUACCCCAGGCCAUACAAGGCCCGUGGGCCCAAGUGGAGGUGAAGCAACACCUUUUGACUCCGAUCCUGCUGUUGCAUCAGACUGUUUCUGCGAUACCGUCAUGCUUGGAAUGAAUUUGAAUGUGAGUCCAAUUGGGUUGGUUGAUGCUGAAGAGGUGAUGUACAUUGUGAAAGAAUUGUGGCGUGGCCGAAGUGCUAGAGACCAAAACAUGAAGGACACUGGCCGGAAAAUGUGGAGAUCUGUCAACGAACUGAUGCUUGUUCGGUGGGACAAAUCAAAGCCUGCUGGUGUCUCAAACUUAAUACUUCUCAAGUUCAGUGAGGCGGAUGCACAUGAAUCCACGACGCUUGAUCAGAUAAAAGAUGAGGAACCUGAAUUCUACGCCAUGGUUUCACGUGUCCUGAAACGAGCUGAAACGGAGUUUGCUUUAUGA